CCGAAUUAGGGAGGGGUGCUUUUGGAUAUGACCUCAGCUCUGAACCGGUCCGCCCCAAUCUUGCAAAUAUACCCGAAAGCCCCUCGGUUUUCAUUUUUUGCAGUCUCUCUCUCUCACGUGCUUUUAGCUCACUCUCCGCCCUGCCCUCCCACGUCACUCCUGGCAGCCGCCGGCGAUGAUCGGCGACGAGCAAUUUCAGAUUGCAAACAAUGCAAAGGCAAUUGUUGUUCAUGAUCCAUCAAUGUUGAACCACAUGGGUCAGAACAAUUCCUCUCCAUUUGCAAACCACGGAAUACAGAAUGGUGUUGCAGACUCAGCUGCCUACAAAGCCAAGAAAUGUCAGGAUGCUUUACAGGAGACUGGUCUGAAAGUCAAGCGACAUGAAGAAAACAUGAAGUUUUUAAAGACUAAGAAGAACAGAUUGGAUGAUUUAGUUAUAGAUCUACAAGUUGCUCUUGGAAAAUAUCAUUCAGGAACCACUCCUGGAAUUGAAAAGGAUGGUCUCUCCUAUGUGAAGAGCGAGGAAGAGACCCUUGAACAGAUUUCAAGGCAUGAUAAAUCAGCCGCUGCAGUUUUGUGUCAUCUAAAAACCCUUCAUGGAACUCAAGCUUCUAUUCUUCCAUUAUCAAAGGAUGUGAUUGGUAUUGUUGCUACACUUGGAAGAGUUGAAGACAAUAGCCUGAGCAGGGCUCUCUCAGAUUAUUUGGGACUGGAAACCAUGUUAGCAGUUGUUUGCAAGACCUAUGAUGGUGUUAGAGCGCUGGAAAUAUACGACCAAGAGGGCCUCAUAAAUAAAAGCUCUGGCCUUCAUGGACUUGGAAUGUCCAUGGGGCGGCCUUUGGAUGGAAGGUUUCUUGUCAUCUGCCUUGAAAACUUAAGUCCAUUUGCAGGUGAUUUUAUAGCUGAUGACCCACAAAGGAGACUUGAUCUUCUAAAACCCAAAUUGCCGAAUGGUGAAUGCCCACCUGGGUUUCUUGGUUUUGCUGUAAAUAUGAUCAAUGUCGAUAGCGUUCAUCUGUUUUGUGUCACAAGCAGUGGUCAUGGUCUGAGAGAGACGCUGUUCUAUAGCCUCUUCUCACGCUUACAAGUUUACAAAACAAGGUUGGAGAUGCUUCAGGCUCUUCCGUGUAUAAGCAGCGGGGCAAUCUCUUUGGACGGUGGGAUGAUAAAAGGUGCUGGCAUGUUCUCCCUCGGAAACAGGGAUGUAGAUGUGAAAUUUCCCAAGAACUUUGGAAGGUCAAGUCCCCCUCAAAACUUUUUCCAAAUUGAGAAUAAACUAAAGGAGAUUAAAUGGGAAAGAGAGAGAAUUAUGGAAGACAUGCAGAGAGAACAAGCGUUGCUAGAUCAUGCCAGGUUCAACUUUGAAGUCAAGAAACAAGAGUUUAUCAAGUAUCUUGCUCAGAGCUCAUCAUAUGCCACUCAGAUGCAGCAGCAGCACCAGCUUUAGCAUUAGAGUCUUGAAGGGGGGACAUAGUGUUUUCCGAUGUGCAGAAGAUAGAAGAGAAGCUCAACAACAUUGUCUUUGCAACAUAAGCUUCAUCUUCUUCCAUGGCUGCCUCAUUUUCUUCUUCUUCUUUUGUGUAUGUAUAUGUCGAUUAACGUCCCAGCUUAGUCCUAGUGUUCAGGCAUUAUAUUUGUGCCAUUUUUUUCAUAUACUUGAAUGUUUUUUUUUGGUUCUAUGUUAACCCCACCCAAUGUUUCUAGACUUUAGGAUGUGCCAUCAAAUGUACACUAUACACUGCAGCAUAACAGCAUGAUGACCAUUGCUUAGUAUGUAUCCCUGUUUGUGUGCUAGAAAUGAAAGGUUUGUUUAGUUCAAUCUUUUCACAAGACUAUUUAUGCCCUAUGAAAUGUUGCUGUAAGGAUUCCAUUU